UUGAGGCGAAAGCUACGAGCUGAAGAGCGCGCACACACGGUUUUUGUAGAAGUGAUUCUAAAAGAACGAAAAGAUAAAUUCAAAUUAAUAUACGGAGCAGUCAGAAUCGAGUACAACAUCCAAACCAAACAUCAGUCAACAUGUCAACUGUGCAAACCGUACUAGGUAACAUAACACCAAAUUUGUUGGGUCGAACCCUAACCCACGAGCAUGUGGCGCUCGAUUUUGAAUACUUCUACCGACCACCACCAGAAGACUUUCGAGCCCAGUUGACCAAGAAGAUAAGUAUGGCCACACUGGGCUUUGUACGUAUGUAUCCUUACUCGAGCAAGGAGAAUGUGCGUUUCUACGAUGAGGAAGCUCUAGAGGCGGCUAAGAAGGAUGUGCUGCUUUAUAAGCAAUAUGGUGGUGGCAGUAUUGUCGAGAACAGCAGCUACGGCCUGAAACGCAAUCUGGGCUUUAUAGUGGAGUUGGCUCAGAGCACUGGCGUGCAUUUCAUUGCAGGGACAGGUCAUUACAUUCACGCCAUGCAGGAUGCUCACCACUCGCAGCUGACAGUGGAACAGUUGACUGAUUUGUACAGCAAGGACAUUGUAACUGGCAUAGAAGUCGAAGGACAUGGCAUGGUAAAGUGUGGCUUCAUAGGCGAAGUAGCAAGCGUGUAUCCUGUUCAUGAUUUCGAAAAACGGGCUAUUCGAGCCGCUGGCGAAAUACAAGAGGUUCUGGGCUGUGGUGUUUCCUUUCACCCGGACCGUUCACCUGAGGCGCCAUUCGAAAUCACGCGUCUGUACCUGGAAGCUGGAGGGCGUGCCAAUAAGUUAGUGAUGUCGCAUUUGGAUCGCACCAUCUUCGAUAUAGAUCAGCUUUUGGAGUUCGCCAAGCUAGGCUGCUAUCUGCAAUACGAUCUUUUUGGCACCGAAUGCUCGUACUAUCAGUUGAAUCCAACGGUGGACAUGAUUUCGGAUGGCCAACGGAUUGAUAAUCUUCUCAAGCUAAUUGAAGAGGGCCUAGUGGAUAGGCUGCUGAUGUCACACGAUAUACACACGAAACAUCGUCUGACCUCCUAUGGCGGCCAUGGCUAUCAUCACCUAUACAUGAACAUUCUACCGCGAAUGUUUGCCCGUGGAGCGACCGUGGAGCAAGUCGAGCAGAUGACAGUCACCAAUCCAGCCAACUGGCUGGCGUUCGACCCCUAGGCGUCUCUUUCGGUCGCGUGCUUCGAGACCUUUGAACAUACGAAAUUAAAUAUGGCCUACUACUACUACUGGCCAGUAUCUCUUAUCAAUUUCAGCUUGUUGUUUUUGUCGAAUGAUUAGAUAAGCUCCGUUGUUUUUGUAUUCAUAUUUAAAAUAAAAUAAUUGGGUGUGUCCUCAAA